AAUAAUUGCGCAUGUUACUGUGUUAUCUACUAUGUCAUUUUAGUAAAAUAUAUUUAUACAGCAUUAUUACGAUUGCUAUAUAUAGUGCAUAUAUCCGCGGCAUACCGUUUAACUUAGAAGAGAAGCUAUAAAAAAUAUUUAUAACAAUAUAAUCCCUAGGAGUUUUAAAAAAUUGCUUUUUUUACGAUAAAAUACUAAAUUAAAGAAAACUUUCCGAUUCUGUCAUACAUAAUUUUUGCGAACAUACGAUAUUUAAAUUUUUAGAAUAAACUGAAAUUUUAUUAUCAUCAUUAUUUUGUUUCGAUUUUACUGCGAGUAGAAAAUUUUAAAUGCAUUUCUUUUAUGCCAAUUAGGACAUUUUAAUUUUUGCCAAUAAUUUUACCGUAAAUAUUCUUUUUUCUUGCGUAUAAAAUAUAUUCACUUUAGAAUACAUCAAAAAUUGUAUUCAUAAGAAAGAUAUACAAAUUACGGCGAAUGCUUAUCGCAUAUAAAUAAAGACAGGAAGAAGAGUGUUCCUUCAAAUUAACAGAGUUUAAUAUUCCUACCUUUUUUAGCGUACCAAAAAAAUAGUUUAGGAAUAGUUUUCUUAUUUUCAAGUUACAAACUACCAGAAAAAAUAACCUUCAAAAAUUAUUAAUAUGUUUGGGAAGAUGUUCAAAUUAACGGGUGGUGCAACUCCCUACCCCGUAGGUCAAGAUGAUGUCAAUGCGAUAAAGUCUGCUCUUGGAGCAUGUCAGCAAAGCAGGGAAGCCUUUUUUUUCAUGGAGCCCAGAUUCUUGCAAGGAUGCUUUGUUGGUAUCCUCAUGUUUUAUCUAAUGUUAUACUAUACUCGCCGAUACAAAAAUAAGGUGAAUAACCUCCCAAGACGUGAUUCAUUUACCUAUGUUACCUUGCCAACUCAAGGGCCAUAUAGAGAAUACCCUGAAGAGGAUAUGCAACAACAACAACAACAACAACAACAACCACGUUAAGAAAAAAUGGAAGAAAUAGCAUGAAAAAAAGAAUGUGGUGGAAAAAGCAUUUUUGAGGAGAUGGUGGCUAAAUAGCUUUAGAGGGUGCACCACACUUGCACUUUAGACGUGGUUUUAUCGGGAUGACUUGUUUGAACAAUGUAAGAAGAUUUUUAUGCAUGCGUGCGUGCGUGCAUGCAUAUAUAUAUUGUAUGUAUAUAUAUGUAUAUAUGCGUGCCACACAUUUUGUACUCCCCCCACAGUAUUCACUCAAGUUUUUAAAUAUGGAUAUAUAAUGUGCAUACUUUUGACUACAAUAAAAUCACUUAAUAUAAUAACUCUGCUGCGUAAAGGUGUUAUUUUUUUGCCAUGCGCUAAUUCAUGUAUUUUAAUUAAAAUUUAUUUUUCGAAGCGAUUCAUCAGAAUAUAUUUUUUUUUUUUUUUAAAUAAAAAAAUUGAUGUAUAUAUUUUUUUUCUUUUUGCGAAUGGCACAAAUGUAUAUUAUAUUUCUUAAUUUAUUUUCUCCCUCACCAUUACUUAAAAACAAAAGGAAUGUUUAUGUAUUAUACAUGUUUUUUCUACCACAUUUUUAUGUUAACCCUCAUGUAAAUAGUUUAAUGAUAAAAUGGACCAGCGGAUAAGAUGUUAAAAUAUAGUUUUGUUGUAAC